CGCUGGCGGUGUGAGGAGGGAGAGGAGAUAUUCAGUCUUGUCGUUCACCUCAACCACUUCGGAAUUGAUUUCAGUAGCAUUCUGUUUUUCUAUUCACUGGCGUCGGUGGCGAACAGUUAUUUUUCUCUGAAAUUCAUCGUGUGUCAGACAAUCGGUGCGGACCAGUGGCAUUUUUAUUUUUUUUUAUUCAAAGGUAAAUUUAGAGUGACGAUAGCGAGACGCCUCAGCGUGACGACGAGCUCUGUUAAAUUGAAGAAUCACAAAAAGUUGGAAGAGCGUCCCUUUUACAGCCCACCUUUUUUUUCGAAUUUACUUUUUUCCACAAGACGAUACGUUACCAUGGGUUUGAGACAGAGCAAGCGGUCCGUCGACAUUUCCGGGUCGCCCAAAAAAGAGGCACCUGCUGCUGUGGUCGAGAAAAUUCCUCAGAACAAUGAUGCCACCAACCAGACGAUCGAAAAUAUCGAGGAGGAAAUCAAGACCCCCAUCAAUGGUGAAACAAAGACUACAGAAGCCGUCGAAUUGGACAAGAGCAUCCAGGAGGAUGUCAAAGACAAGAGUGUGACGGAGGCAGCCAACGAUAGCAAAGUUGAAGAAUCUCCAUCUACGCAAAAGGACGAGAAGAAAGAAAAGGUCAAGAAGAAGCGAUCAUUCCGAAGCUUCAGCUUCUUGAGACGAGAGAAGAAGACGAAAGAAGAGAACAACAAAAAUGGAGAUGUGGCCAAAGAGACCAAAGCUGAAACCACCGAACAAGUUGUCGAUGUCGCUCCAGUUGCCGCAGAAGAAUCGACCUCAGUGGAGGAACCCGUUGCAGUCGUUGCUGAAGCCAGCUCCGAGGAAACGACCGCUCCCGUCAAGGAGGACUCAGCCGCUGUAGUUGAAGACAAACAGGAGACCACACCUGAGUCGAGCCCAGCCAGCGAGGAGGUUGCCGCCCCAGCCGCCGAAGAACCUAAACAGGAGGAAGUGGACGCUCCAGCCCAAGAAGCUGUGGCAUCUGAAGUUGAAACUCAACCCGCUCAACCAGAAACUGAAGCUAGUGAGUCUGCACCUGCUGCCGAAGAGGCUCCAGUUGAAGAAGUCGCCGUUGAAACAAAUGAACAGGAAUCCGCUCAACCCGUGAUUGAAGCCGAGCCUGUCCAGGAGAGUGAAAAGAAAGCAGAGGUGGCUUCCGAAAACUCCGAAACGGUGCAAGCCAGCGAAGAAUAAAGCUCUACGGCGUACUGGAUAGCGUUCAUUUUUUAAACAAAAAAAAAAUUAAUUUUACACAUAAUCCUCACCUUUUCCUCUCCCAUACUUUGAUAUUUUGUUUCCUGAUAUUUGGUCAGUUUCUGUAUCCCUUCUCAUCUUUUCUUUCUCCACCACCUUCUGUAUUACUUCAUUAUUAGAAUAGUUUGCCGCCGAUUUUGCCAAGUGUUCUGCUUGAAUGAAAGAAAGUAUUAGAAUUUUUAAGAAGAGAGGUUGCUCUUUUUAAAACAGAUUCGAGAUCGUCAUCGUGUGGGGUUUUUCUUGGCUUGUUCGACCAUUUGCAAUGGCCGAAUCCAAGUCGAUUGUUGCUCUCCAAACAUUUAGCUCCCCUCUAAAAACGUUCCGUGUUCGUAACAUUUCCAUCCACCAUCUCCUCCUUACCUUUGCACUUAGCUAAUCCUCCUCCUCUCAUUUUCAUGGUCAACUACGGUUUGACGGGCCACGAAAUCGUAACACCAGACGAUCGAUUUCCCACGGAAAGGUGCUGAUGUUAUAAAGAAAAAUGUGUGUAUUUUGGAAGCACCUCUGACGAAGGAUGCUGUAAAGAAGGCAGCUUUUGAUACCCGAGUAGAAUAAGGAAUUGAUCCAAACGCUUUGAAUGAAGCUACCCACCCUCUCAACAUAAUCUUACUUUCUAAAUGUUAGACAACACGGGUCGCUCGACCAAAUGGCAAAAUGUCCAUAUUCUCGCACAUCUCGUUUUACGCUUGCUAUCUGAAGGAAAUCUGCCUCUACGCUUUCAUGGUUUUCAUCUUUGCUCAUCUUCAAUACAGCCUUGGCUCGAACAGUAUUUUCUCACAAAGGUUUGGGCUUCAGAACACGGAAACAUGUCCUCCUCUCUCUCUCUCUCAUAGUCUACCACCCACCCAUCCUUCUGAGACAUGGGAACUACACUUCCACCACCACCACCACCCUCCCUCUUGAACUUUCUUUUUGUUUACUUGGCCUUUUUUUUUGUACCGCUUGUACCAACGUCUGCAUAGCCAAUACAUUUUUUGUAUAUAAA